AGCAGACGGUUUCUGUACGGUUUGAUACGGUGUACUCAACGGGAAUUUUAGUUAGGUAUCACUCUUCAGUUGUGGAGGUUAUAAAUAAAGGAAGAAAAAAAUCUCAAGGUUGCAGAAUUUUUUUAGAAAUUUGCAGUCUUGAAUUUAAAACCAGCCAGGAAUCAUUUUAUAUGUUCCACUAUAAGAGGACUGUUUUGUUUCAAAAGAAGUUUUAUCUGACAGACAAAUUACAUAUUGUAGCUGUCCAUAAGGUAUGGACAGAGUUCAAACUACUGUUGCAUGGUAUCAGCAAAAGAUAGGAUCAUAUGACAAACAGUUGUGGGAACAAUCUGUAGAACAGAAGGUUAUUGAGGGAAUUCAACAAGCUCCUAGAAGAGUUGUUAGACCAAAGACAGAACUUAUAGAUGUAGAUCUGGUUAGAGGGUCAACAUUUACCAAGGCUAAACCACAAGUGCCAUGGACAUAUAUAACAAUCAAAACAUUCAGUCGUGUUGUGCUAUUCCCAUUUCACUAUCAAUGGUGGAUACAGCAAACAUCGUUGCCAUUCUGGGCGGGGCUUAUGGUAUUAUAUACAAUGCAGAUUAUAACAACUUGUGUGUUCUUCAACAAUGUUGGGGAAGAAUUGACACAGGAUGAGCAGUCACUGAGUGAAGUUGUUGUACCAGUCAUACUCAUGGUUUUACUUGGACUGAUCCAUUCACAGACCAUAUUGACCCACCUGAAACCCCCCACCAGAGAUAAUAAAAGGGAUGGAUGGAGAAGAAAAAGGUCCUUAUCACAGAAUAGAGGAAGUGUUUCUAACAAUGACAUUACUGGGUCCUCGCCAACAACUCAAAAUGACCCGACACCAAGUCAAUCAAAGUCAAGUAUGAAAGGUCAUAUAGGUUCAAGACCAUUGAGAGAAAGGACAAAAGAAAGGAGAGUUAGGCUGAAGCCAAACAAUCAGAGGCCGAGUUUGCGACGAGAACAGAACCUUGAGAAAGGUUCCCAGGACUCGGAGUCAGCGUACCAUACACAUGAAGCUAGCGACUCUAUCGCUGACAAAUCAUCAUUAGAGCAUGACUCAAAUGGUUGUGAUGUAAGAGAUUCAUUAUUAGAUAAUAAACUGGAUAUUUCUCCACGUAUUGUAGUAUCGACAAGUGCUGAUGCUAAAGUUAAAGCAUUUCUUAAAAAGAACGAAAGUCAAGAGAGUGACUUUCCAAAAGAUUCAAAUUCAGAUGAAGAUAAGCUAGCAAUAGAUGAGAGUGGUUGUGAAAAAUCAAAAAGACAUAGUCAGUCUAUUUCGUCUGAAGAGGAGGAUGUGGUACGUGUGAACAUUUGUACCAUUUCUAUGAACGAUAAACUGACAGAAACUGAACCAAAUUGUGCCAAUGAAUUACAUGAAAAAAUCUCCAUAAGUGAUAAAAUAAAGUUUGAGGGACUUUCCCAUAUUGAGUCCUGUAAUGAAGCCUCAAUUCAGGAUACAGCUAUACAUGACUUGAAUGAUAAAAUAAUGAAUGAUAAAACUCUAACUGGAGACAGUGAAAGUUCUUUCGUAAAUAUCUCUACGGAAAUGGAGACCGAGAACACAAAAGGUGCUUGUGAUAAAAAUAAUGAAACCAAAGAUGUUUCUAGUCAAAAGAGAGCUUUAAAAAGCACUUGUCCCUCUAACCUAAAGCUGGAAUGUCAAAAUGACAUUCAGUCAAUAUCUGCUCAAGAUUCUAACCUUACCACACACUCGGUGAGUUCUGUCCACUUUACAAAAGACUUAGUACAACUAAGGGAGAUCACUCCAAAGAGUUCAAGGGAGGGAACACCAACUCAUACCCAAUCAGAUGUCUUGUUACAAACAAAGAGGUCUGUAAGAGGGAGUGGUAUAUGUAACACUGACACUGAGUCUGAAUCUGACAAUAACCUUGCCUCAAAUAAAAUCUUGCCAAGUGUGAGACGGAGAAAGAUGAAUAUGUCGGACACUAGUGAAGUUGGUGGAACUGGUUUACGUAAUCGUAGACAUAUGAGUUUGAAUAUAAGGGAUAAUAAGAAGCAUAGUACAGCAAGAGUCAGUUCUUCAGAGGGCGAGACUGAAGGGACAGAAUACAGUAGAGGAAGUAGGGGCAGUAGAAGGAAUAUGGCAAGUUCAGAGGAGUGGGGUGACCAUUUACAAUCUGAUGUUAACAGUACAACAGAAUCGAGCAGUUGCGGGACAGAUCCGGAGAUUGGCAAUCACGAGGAACCGGACAAGGACUCCGAUAAUGAGGCACAGUCGGCCCAAAGUGGACAAAAUAUUGGUAUAACAACGAGUAAUCUACACGCAAAUGAACAUUCUUACGCGUUAUUCCAGUACAAAGAGGAAAAAGGUAACAACAGUUCACAAAUGAAUAAGAUAGACAAACCUUCUAUGUUUUCGUUUCAGUCAUCAACAUCUAGUAGUGCUCACCCACCUGAUAAAGUGACAUGCAUAAUCUGGGAGAGGAAUGAGUGUAAGAAAGUAGAGCUUACAGCCCUUGACAUCGGCUGGGCUAUCAUUGAAACUGUUGACAAGAUACCAGAAAGCUCAGAUUAUAUUUUCAUUGGAUUUACAUUUUCACUCUUAAUGGCUGCCACACCAUUGCUGUUUGAAGCAUUUCACUCAAAGGAUUUGCCAGCACUGUUGACGUGGGAUAUUUUGUCAGUCAUUUGGGAAUGGAGCGGCCAUAACACAUGGAGGUCACGGUUGAUUCACACCAAUGCUGCCUUACAGAGGUUUUGUCUCAGUGCAAUAUUAUUCUUCAUGCUCUCUGUUGCUGAUAGGACUUUUAAACAGAGGUUACUGUAUGCGAAGCAUUUCUGUUACCUGACAUCAUCAAGAAGAGCUAGAAAAUUUGACUUGCCUCACCUGAGACUGAACAAAGUCAGAAACAUUAGAACAUGGCUGUCUCUCAGAUCUUACCUCAAGAAACGAGGCCCACAGAGAUCUGUAGAUGUGAUCGUAUCAUCAGCUUUCCUUAUGACAUUAAGUAUGCUGAUUUUAAUGUGUUUACAGUUGCUAAGAGAUGCGGAAACUUACCUGAACUAUCUAGUAAACUGGGAGCUGUUGUUAUGGUGUAUGGCUCUUGGAGUUUAUCUGUUACGGUUCAUGACCCUGGGGUUGAGGAUCAACAAGAAGUACCGGAAUUUAUCGGUGUUGAUCACAGAACAGAUCAACCUGUAUCUACAGAUGGAGCAGAAACCACAUAAAAAAGAAGAACUCAUGGUGGCCAAUAAUGUCCUCAAGUUGGCUGAAAGUCUCUUAAAGGAAUUGGAGAGUCCUUUUAAGAUCUCUGGUAUAUCAGCAAAUCCAUUGAUAUUGAAUGUCACGAAGGUGGUGGUUCUAUCAGCAUUUUCUGCUGUGCUCACUGAACUUCUCGGCUUCAAGCUCAAGUUGUACAAAAUUAAGCUCAGAGCUUAGAUUUCAUUAUUGUAACAUUGUGUUUAAUAACUAGCUCAGAGCUUUAAAACAGACUUGUUUCUUUAAUUUUAUAGCUGCAACCAUUCCAGUUAUAAAAAUGAUAUUUGUUAGAAUGUAAACCAGUCUAUGACUGAUUUUGAUAGACUGAAUCUGAUUGGUUGUUUUUGAAUCAUUGUUUUAAAAUCAACCAAUGGUUAGUCUGUUUAUGAACCCUGUUAGUGAUGAAUUGUGUAACUUCUUGCCAACAUAUAUAACAUAUACUUUACUUAUUUGACAUUUAUGAAAGAAAAGAUCUUAAUCUUUUCGAUUUAUAUGUUUCCAUGAAACAUUUUGAGAAUUAAUAAAAAAUUUAUUAUGCUUAAUUUCAAAAAUAUUGGAAAGUUAAGCAGAUUUUUUUUAUUGUUUUAGGAGGAAGGGGGUGCAAUUUUUAUUUGUGAUGAAACAUUGACAUAAUUGCAGGGAUAAUUUGUUAACCAUUCAUCUGCUGGUGUUGUAAGAUUACUUUGGUGACAUGAACAGGACAAAUAAUGUUGAUAAUGUAAAUGAAUUAUAAAGUUACCAUUAUAUUUUAAUAAUAUUAUGAAUGAUUGUUAGUUUUUGAAAUCAUUUUUUAGCUUGUCUUUUUCUUUACUGGGGAAAAGGUUGAGCUAGUGUGAUUUCUGGGUCUUUUUUGUCGUCGUGCAAAUGCUUUAAUGUAGUUUAUUACUCAAACAAUUUUAAAGGUAUCAGUAUGAAACUUUCAUGCUUGCUUAUCAUGACAAGGCACAGUAGUUUGACAAGGGGAAUCAUUCUGAAAGCUACAUUUUAGAGUUAUGCCCCUUUUUAACUUAGAAUUUUUAACAGAUGAGUGUUAACACUACAUGCCGUGCUAUUGUUUGUCCAAUAGGAUUGCAGUAUUUCAAUUUAAUUGUAACUCAUUUACUUGCUAAAUCAGUUAACUGUUAAUUAAUGUAGUAAAUCAACUGUUUUUAAAAAUAAUUUCAAAUGCUAAAUUGGCUAGUGUUCAUUAGUAAACAUUUACCAUAUUAUAUAAGUUUAAUGGCUGUGCCAUUCUUGACCAAUUAAAUUUUGGUAAAUGCUAAGUAAUGAACACUAACCUAUAUUUAAUGGUGUAAGAAAUUAUGAGAAAGGGAGAUAAUUUGAUAUAUAUAUAUAUAUCUCCUAAUAUGAAAUAUUGAAGUUAAUGUGAUUAAGAAGAGUAAAGUCAUCAAAUGACUGUAUUGAUUUUCUUACACUGGUCUGUAUGUACAUUGUAUAUAAUACUACAUGUUUGUAUGCCUAGCACUUAUAAUUAGAGUGUUUAGAUAUAUUAUAGGCUAUAUAGCUGAAAUGAAAAUAUUUUUAUUUAGAUUUAAAAAUGUUAAAAAUAUGUUGUUUUUUUCCAUAAUUUUUAGGUUGAUUCUUGAAAGAGUUGUAAAUAGAAUAUCUCUGCUGUUUAACACACAUGAAAACUUUUGGUAAACAGAAUAAAAUGUUCUGGAACAAAAUAUUAUCUUUCUAUUUUUAGUUAGAUUUUAACCGUUUACCAAUGAUUUAAUGCCCGCACCAUUCCCUCAAAAGGAAGUAUACCAACAUAUUUCUCUUUCGACAUUUUGAAAUUAUACUUUGAAACAAAAAUUGUGUAAAUCUCUAGACAGCUGAGAUAUAUAGCUUUAUACACUUUAAUAAGAUAUGUCUAUAUUAGGUUUUAUUUUUCAACUUGCCUGUAAUGUCACUGCAUUUAUUUGUAAUUAUUUUAUUAACAUAGUAUGAAUAGUAAGUUACUAUCAAUUUAGAUCUUAACCAUCUGUAUAGUCUUCACAAUUUGAAAUCAUUAGUUAUUCUUAGUAGUUUUAUGUACAUUAUAAAAUGUGCCCUUGUUUUAGUGUACUAGUUUGAGUGAUAUUGAGAUAAAUCAUGUUGUUUCUUUUGAUAUUUUAGAGUAUAAUAUGUUCUCAUUUAGAUUAAUUUGUAAGAUCUCAUUUAUAUUUAUUUACAGUUGUGAAUAACAUGAAAUCCCCACAGGAUUUACUGCAUUUGUUUGUUUUAAAACAUAUUAAAAAAUCUAAAUUUUAGAUCUGAGUUGCGCCAUUUUUUGGUGUGUUCAAUACAAUACAAAUUUGCAUUUAAUACACUGAAGACUGAAAACAUCAAUUUUUGUUCUGAUAAAUUAGCUGUGUUAAGUUUAAUUCAUUCUUUAGACAGGAUUCGAAUUAUUCAAAGUAUAUAUCAUUUAUUUGUUGCUGUGUUUUUAGCUAGACUAUUCGAAUAUGGAGAGCUAUUGCAGUCGCCCCGGUGUCCGCGUUGGUGUCUGCGUUGUUUAAAGUUUUUUUGUAAAGUCAAAUAUCUCAAUUAUUGCUUGAGAUAUUCAAUUAAAACUUACAAUACUUAUUUAUAGUAACAAUGUACAUCAGAUUGACAAGUUGGAUAACUCUGCCUGCAAUAUUUACAGAAUUAUGCCCCUUUGAAACUUCUUUCAUGUGCGGAAACUAGCCAGCCAAGUUACGGAAGGUUGGUGGUUCUACCCAAGUGUUUGCUAGUGCUUGAAAUAAUGCAUGAAGGGGCUGCUGGGGUCCUUGUCUACAAGUAAAGCAUUUUACAGUGAUAUUGUUAACAGCUCUAGAAGUGUUAAUGACCACAGAAACUCCACAGAAAUAUAUUUGUCUAUGACUUGAAUUUGUGAAUACAAGGUAUAUACAUAUAGACUUAACUCCCUCAACAUAGUGGGAUCAAUCUGUGCAAAAAAUAAUUUUCUGCAUAAUAUGUAGUGAAAAGUUCCUAGUAGCAUUUUAUUUAUUUUGUGAGAUAUGUACCAUUUCAGUUUUAAGUUUUAGUGCAAUUUAUGUAUGCCAGUAAUGUUGCUAUUAAAAUAUUUGUUUAAAAUAUUUUAACUUGCCUAAAUAUGUAGAUUUAAACAUGAAUGAAAUUGUUUGAUUUUGUUGAUAGAAUUAUGCUUUGUUUUGCUGACGUUAUUGUUUUUUAUUGAGGUUUGCUUUUUUUGUAUUUUAGAUUUAUUAGUUUGCUUAGCACAAAGAAAAGCAUGUUAAAUGUUUUUCCUCUACAAAUAUUGAUUGAGUUAGUCCACUUCUUGUAGUUGUAAAUAUGUAUUUUAUUGAACUAUGACAAUGUCAGCCGACUUAGCUCAAUAGGGAGAAUAUCGGUUAAGUUAUCCAGUGGUUGCUGGUUUGAUCCUUGGACGUGGCGUAAUUAUCCAUGACAAUAGAUCUCAGACAUUGAGUGUAAUGGUCAUUUGCCUUUUCAAGGCUGAUUGAGAAAUUAUGUAGGUUUAUUUGUCGGUCACUCGCAGAGAUAAUGGUAACAACUGUUUAAUCCUGGAAAGCUGGUAUGGUGAAUCAUCUGCCAAGAUAUGACCAAACAUACAUGCUUAAAUUGGUAGAAAAACCAAAAUAAACCAAAUAAGUAAAAUACCAAGAUACCAUUCCACUAAAGGUGGUAGAACAUAAUUUUUCACCGAAUACAAGUUAUGUUUAUUCCUUAAACUGUUAGCAGGCGGAGGGCUGAGUGGUUAAGGUCGUUUACUUCAAACCACUUGCGUCUGGUCACUUCAGGUUUGAAUCCCAACAGGAACUUUAGAGGAAGCUAUCCAACUCUUUCAUGCCUGAAAUAAUUUACGGAAGGGCACCCGGGGUCUUCCUCCACUGUUUGAGCUAGAAAGUUGCCAUAUGAACUAUACUGUGUAGGUUUGACAUAAAACUAAACAAGGAAUAAACUGCUGGCACUGAAAGUGCUUAGUCUAAGCCUCAGGAAACAGACAAAAGCGCUCCCCGACAAAAACCCUCCCAUCCAAAAAUGACAAAGCGGACAAAAGAUUUUUUUACGGGAGGGCUUUUGUCUGCCCUGUCAUUUUUCACAGGAGGGCUUUUGUCUGCCCUGUCAGUUGCACAGGAGGGAUUUUGUCUAUCUUGUCAUUUUUGGACAGGAGAGCUUUUGUCUGGGAGGGCUUUUGUCCUAUACUCCUUUUCCUCCAGUAUAAAACCAGGCCAGUCUGAAUAUCCAUCUAACCAAGGCACUAGACUGUUGGUAGCUCAAGUUGUAUUUUCACAUUGAAUUCUUUCCUAAUGCAUUACAUAAAUUUAGCAAUUUUGAUUAAAGGACUAUUGAAGCAUAAGCUACUUUUGACAGUUAAUUUGAUAGAUGAAUAUUAUGUGCUAUCACCCAGUGAGGGUUUUCAUAUUUGAUGUUUUACACAAAAUAUAAUUAUUCCUGUAAAGAUGAUUAUCAAAAUAACCAUGGAUUAUCAUCUAGUAGUGUUAAUUUUCAUUUCAAAUUUUUCUGAAAAACACAUUUUGUAAGUUCAUGUACUGAAAAUGAUCAUUUCACCUACAUAUUGUUAUAAACAGCCUAUUUUGAUACACACAUGAGGGUAAAUUAGAUAUAUCAAUUCAUACUUAGGCUUUGUAGAGGGAAACUUGAUUAUGUUAUAGGAGAUACAAAUUAUAUUACAGGGUAAUAUGAUAGUCUUGUUUGUAAUGCAUAUAUAGAUGAAUAUUUAACAAGCAAUUAAUGUAAGGUAGAAUAUAACACAAAUGUAUUUUGUGAAGUUUUUAUUGUAGGAGUGUUUUAACUAUUUGGGUUUUGUUUAAGCUACAAUAUUGAUAUUCAAUCCUUUUUCUUGAUGUAAUAAUUAUUCUUGCUUAAAAAAAGCACAUACAGUUAUACAUUAACAGAGAGAAAAAACAUGCAUGAACAGAAAAUUACAUGCGAGCACACACCGCUGUUGCACAUAUAUUAAUAUUCACAACUCAGGGUGCCAUGUAAAAGUAACUUACUGCAGUGACGAUCCAUAUAAAUUCAUUUUCAAAACAUUACUGUCAAAUAACAUCAUACCAACACGUGAAAA